AUGCGCGUCGCGUCCCAGUUGCAAGAGAUGUUGGACACAUUGGAAGGCGCUGGAGGGAUUGGAGGGAUUGGAGGAUCAGGAGACGAUGCGAGUACGCAGACGCAACUGCAUGGAGAGAGUCGAUCAGUCGAUGGACUUUUCAAGCAGUUGGCCAAGACUUACACAUACUAUCUGGAAGUGUUUCAUGCUCAGCACCGAUUGACACACGCAAUCGACGACUACGAAUUGUUGCGGGAGAACGCUGAGCUUCCGAUGGUAGCAGUUUUCUUGGUAGGGGUAACAAAAUACCCUUCCGAGAUGAAGGUGCUGGAGAAAGACGCAGCCAUCUUAAACGGAGUUUUCCACGCCAACGUUACUGUCAUCAAGGAAGCUCUCCGUCGGGACGACUUGCGUCUCGUUACUUUUGUUAUUCCCAACACCACUGAUGUACGUCAAUCAACAACGAAUGGAUGA